AAAUAUGUUAAACCGCAGAGAAUAACACUUUGAGAUGGAAAUCAAAAACAUCUCCAUGAACAGUAAUCAUCUGUAUUUAAAAAAAUUAUAGGUACUACCGUAUUGGUACUACGUGAAUAAAUGACGAUACGAAUUAAAACUUCAACUAGUGGAUUGUUAAUGGUUCUACGGAGAAAUUGGCAAGAAAUUUACAAUGCUUUUGUGCAAAGAAGUAAAGUUUAUGAGAUUUUAUUUUGUUACAGUGUUUUUAUUAACAUUUGUAUUUUGUACUCAAGCCCAGACAAAUUCUAAUAAUAACGCAAUUAAAUCAAUGAUUAUACAAGAAAUUAUGAAAAAAGUGUCUAACUUAACUUUAGCCGCUUUAGCUAAAGCUCCUUACGAAAAAAAGGAAGUAAUUUUAAAACAAAUUGAAAAUAAAUUGAUAAAAUCUGCUAAAUCAAUGGGGCCCGAUGCAGAAAAAUAUAUUAAGUACAUUAUGGAAGAGUUUAAAAAGAAAGCGUUUAUUAAUGACGACGAUAAAAAGAAACCCGCUGAAAUUAUAAGAAAAAGUGUUCUAUUAAGAACCAGAGAGGAACCUCAAAAAUCUCGGAUUACAAUAGAUAAAGAUGAAAAAAAAGAAGUUAUUCAAGAUAUAGCCAGUAAAAUUGAGUUGCUUGCGAAAGUAUUUCUGAAAGAUGCUAAAACAAUUGAGGGUAAGAAACAGGUAUUGGCAAGUAUUAAGAAAAGAAUAAUGGAUUCUGCUAAGCAAAAACACAUUCUGAUUCACAACAAACAUGACGAACUUAAAACAUAUAGUAAUCUUAUAGCAAAAGGUCUCGACCUAUCCAUUCAAAAAAUGCUUGGACAACCCAUAGACGGAAGACGUACAGUUAUCACGUCGUUAAAGGAUUUAAACGAACCGACUAUGGAAGAAAAUAAGGGUGAAACAGCGCUAAAUGAUGUUAAAUUCAAUAUGGAAGAAGUUAACAAAUAUAAAAUGCUAAUAUCUGAUUCGUUAAAUGAUUCUUCCAUAGACCCACGCUGUAAUGAUGUUAUAGAGGAUACUUGUAUUAGAAUUCAAGCUUUUAACAAAGUUACUUGUGAUGAUAACCAUAAAGUCGUACCCAUUAUACAUCUCUGCAACGGCAUUGUUGACUGUUUGGACAAAAGUGACGAAGAGAACUGCACGGCACAAGCAAUGGAAAUGGUACGGAAAGCUGCUGCUGUAAUGACAGAUAUAGAAAGCUCCAUCAAUCGAAAUUGCUUUACAUCAGCAAAUGGUUACCUUUUAUCAUCACACAAUCAAAUAUUGCGAGAUAUAUUGAGAACUGAAAUAGAAAUCUUACAAUAUAAAAUGAUUGAAGACCAUGAUCCAAAACAUGAUCAUAUAUUUAUACAAAAGACAGUGAACCACGUGAAUGUGGUUCUUAGUACGUUGUCUUACACUCUAGACGGGACACUAUGUGCACACACUGCGGUGGAUCCCGAUGAAUACUUGAACAAUACUCGAAAAUUCAAUGAUCAAUUCGAUGAUCUUGUGGAAAGACCACGAGAUCCCGGCUGGUCACCGAAAUCAUGCUCUUGUCAAGGACAGUAUUGUAAGGACCAACAGUGUGAGGCCACAUGUAAACGCAUAUGUUGGGAACGAUACAAUUUAAACCAUUGGGGAUGCCAAGCCCUGAACAGUGCAACGAGUGUCUCACUAGAUAUCAUAUGUGAUGGCAAACUUGAUUGUUUUGAUGAAACUGAUGAGUCGCAAUGCACGACAGAUAUAGUUUCUACCAAAUUUGAUGCUAUAAAGAAAUACAACAAAUUGUUAGAUCUUUUAACAGAAAAGUCUAAAUCCUACGAGUAUCAACAUAGUCGCAAUAAGGUGCUCGCAGUGCAUAGUCUAGUUCGGCAAUUGCAAAAGCAGACUGUUAAAACAAAUUAUGACAGUCACAUUAUAAAAUCUCUAAGAGAUGAAUGUUUUCUGCAGUUGGUCUCUAUUUUCGAUGACUUUAUGCAAACAGCUAGCUUAGAUGAAUUGGACGAGCACUAUCUUACUUUACUGUCAAUCAACGAAAAAUUGAUACAUGCUCUUAAACUAUCUCGCACUGGAAACGAGAAAUUAAUAUCCCCAGAAGGGUGUUACUGUAGAGAUGGACUCUGCGCUCUGCGUAGAUGCAGCAAGAAUUGUAUCCAUGCUUGUCAGGCAGAACCUCUGCUAACCAGAUAUACAUGUAAUGCCACUAAUAAUAUAAGUGUACCCAUUGACGCAAUUUGUAACGGAAAAAACAACUGUCCUAACGGAGAAGACGAAAAGGAUUGUGUUAAAGAUGUUUGUCGGGGUCAUCACCUAGUAUUGUUACGCCACAAUUUAAAAAAUAUCGGAGUAAAAGACAAGUCUUUCGUAAUGGCAGAAGUACUCGACUCUUGGAAAUCUAAGGUGUCGGCGGCAAUAUAUAUCGCAGAGUCUUCUGAAAGACCUAAUCAUAAAAUAAUGGUUGAAGUAGUCAAUAGUGUUCUCAAAGACCUCGUGGCAGCAUUUGCGUCAAUGGAGGAGUUCAAACGGUCCAGCUCCGAGCAAGCACUAAAGGAAUUUCAAGUUAUAUCCAGAGCUGUGAUGCAAGCGUUAAAGACUUGUUCUUAUUAAAUUGUUUCUGAUUUA